AUGUUUAACAACUUCGAGGGAAGUGUUAAACCAAGACGACAAAUCAAUCUUGGAGGGCAGAGAAGCCAAGAAGAUAAGAAAUUAUUACUGAAAAGAACCCAAGAACAACGUAAAGCAAGAGAAGCAGAACGAUUGAGAAAUAAGUCGGCAAAUAAGAUCCAGGCGUUUUAUCGUGGUCGAAAAGUAGCGAACGAUAUACGUCAGAUAGAGCGUGUUAAUUGGGACCAACAUGCUCGGGCGUUUUUCAAUAAUCUGGAAGAGACGAAUGCUGAAACAGCAUACGAAUUAAUAAAUUUAAUACGGAGUUUUCUUUUCUUUUAUCGACCUCAUCUCGAUAACCAGCGCGAACUGUGUUUGUGUCAAAUAUUAAGCCAGCACCGAAAAGGCUCGCAAACAUUAUUUUUACCUUUCGCUAGAGAAGAGUUACGUGAAACUUGGAAUUUUCAAUUAAAGCAAACUUUAUUGAUUUUCCUAAAGAGUAUUGGAUUCAGUCAUGACCUUGACCAGACGGGGAUAAAUGAGUAUUUAAUAAUCUUGCGAUCUGCAAUUGAUAUUUCGAAAUAUGAACAAAUAACUGGCAUUAUGGAGGGCAGUAAAACAGUUAAAACUAUUAUGGAGCAUCUAGUAUCAAAUGGGUUAUAUCAGGGAUUUAGGAAACAGAUACUUACUGUGCCCAUAGAUAAAUCAAACUCUUCAUCUAGAAAUCUUAUUGCGGAUCUUUUGAUGACUCCAAUAAAAAGUGAAAUACGAGACAUAGCAUUGCCGGAAUUUAUAAAACAAAUAUUCACAAUACCUCUAUUGCCAAUGCAUAUCACCAUAACGAAUCUACCGAUUGAAGCUAUAUUGUCAAAUAUAAUCAAUAUGGCUACUGAUCAAUUCCAAACUGAAGAGAUUUGCUCCUUACUAGGAAAUUCGUUAAUCUAUGCACUUCCAAAGGUGGACUCGUUUAAGAAACUAACUUUGUUAGCCUACCUAAAGGUGCUACAAAACUUAUCUUCGAUUAUCCCUGCUCAUCUCUUGGCUGAAAAAUACGCGUCGAAUUCAAAUGGUAUGAUGAUUGACGAGGACGAGGAUGAAGAGGAUUUAGACAUGUUAAUGGUCACGAGUUCAUCUUCCAAAGAAAUUAUUAUUGAUCAACAAGUUUUGCAGGCGAUUGAAAAACUAUUUGAUCAAAAACAUUUGUCUUCGAUUUUCUCAUUUGCCACCAAAGCGGAUACAGACUCCCUUUUAAAAGUUGCCAAUUUUUUAGUUACACUGAUGAUUAAAUGGCCUUCCCGCAAAGAUGAAUUAUUGAAAGCCAUGAUACAUGGGCACGCACUUAAAUGGAAAGGAAAAUCUGCUACAAAUGAAAUUUGGCAGGAAUUCAAGUCAACAGAGUUAGCACAAAAAGUGAAAUCACAACUAUUUUCGAGCAGUAUCGUUACUGAUAAGGCAUUCGCAGAGCAAUGGGGUUUGCUUGCAUUGCUAUGCGAGCUUUUAAGUAGGAUUUUAUUCGUAACAGGCGAUGACGAAUUCUUUCAGGAAGAAAAAAAUCCUCUCGUUAUGAAAGACAUUAUUGAAAUGUCUAUAUAUUUAAGGAAUGUUUCUUUCAAUUUGUAUUGGAACUAUACAUUUUUAAAAAUGGAUUCUACGCUUGACGGUAGCUGCAUUACCUUACACUACCUGAGGGAUGCAGUCACAAAAACACUUCGACAAAUUCAUGCGAGAGACUCUCGACGACGAUUUACCCCACCAGAUCAUUGGUUGAUGACAUCUGAAUUCGACAUGACAGCUUUUAUAAAAGCUGUAGUGCUGGAAGAGCAAGAUCUUGAAUCUGAUGACACGGAUAAUAAACUUGUAAAGCGAGGUAGCAUUUCCACAAGUCCACGUCUAGAGAUUCUAAGCAAUAUUCCAUUUGUAAUACCAUUCGAGGAGCGCGUAAAAAUAUUCAGGAAAUUUAUUGAAAAUGAUCGGGAACGAAAUUAUCAUAAUGACUUUUUCUUGGAUAGACGUACACGUGCUACGAUUCGUCGCACUCAUGUUUUCGAAGAUGGUUUUACUCAUUUAAAUACCCUAGGUAAGGAACUUAAGCGACCGGUGGCCAUAAGUUUUAUUGACGAAUAUGGACUUCCGGAGGCAGGCAUCGACGGUGGUGGUUUAUUCAAAGAAUUUUUGACAGCAUUAACUCGUCAAGCUUUUGAUGUAAAUUAUGGGCUAUUUCUGAACACCCAAGAUAAUCUCCUAUACCCAAGUCCACAUGCUUAUGCUCGACAAGAGCAGCAACUUAAUUAUUAUGCAUUCCUUGGCCGGAUAUUGGGCAAAGCAUUAUAUGAGGGCAUGUUAGUAGAUGCGGCUUUUGCUGGAUUUUUCCUGAGUAAAUGGCUUGGAAAAUUAUCAUAUUUGGAUGAUUUGCCGUCUCUGGAUCCUGAUUUAUAUCAAGGGUUGAUAUUCUUGAAAAAUUAUAAAGGGAAUGUGGAAGAACUUUCGUUGAAUUUUACUGUCGUUGAUAAAGAAUUUGAUGAAUCUCGAGCUAUUGACCUCAUUCCCCGUGGCAGUGAAACCACAGUGACAGAGGAAAAUCGUCUUGCUUAUAUUUUUAGAAUGGCGAAUUACCGUCUAAAUACUCAAAUCUCAUGGCAAUGCAAAGCAUUCUUUAAUGGUUUGAAAGAUUUGAUUGACGAGAAAUGGCUACAAAUGUUUAAUCAGCAAGAACUUCAAAUUCUCAUUGGUGGCACAUCGACUCCAAUUGAUGUGGACGACCUUCGUGAAAAUACAGUAUAUGCUGGUUAUUCAGAGAACGAUAUUGUCAUUCAAAAUUUCUGGACGGUUAUCAAGAGCUUCACUGAAGAGCAACGGCAGAAACUGGUAAAGUUUGUCACGUCGUGUUCACGACCGCCGUUGCUUGGAUUCAAACAACUGAAUCCAAAGUUUAGCAUACGCAAUGCAGGACAUGAGCUUCGGUUGCCGACAUCAAGUACUUGCGUAAACUUAUUAAAGUUGCCCGCUUAUCCGGAUCUGAAAACCAUGAGAGAAAAAUUGGAAUAUGCGAUCAGUGUGGAGGUUGGAUUUGGGUUAUCUUGA